CCAAGUGGAUGGUAUGAUGAUGGGAUGGUUUUCUGGCCCAACUAUAAAAACACCGACAGAAUUAAAAGGGCCGCUUUAAAUGAGGAGCAGCAUGAGUCACACUGGCCAAGAUUUGACGUUUCUGUUGUCCGAACUUGUGACAACUACAAAGACGCAUUAAAAAUAAUGCAGCAAUAUGGAAAGGGCUGCGACACCUCAGACCUGCAAUCUGAGGCAGAGAAUGAGGAGCUGCCAGAAAAAAAGGAGCAGGAAGCCAGUCCAUCGUCUCGGGGACUCGGAUGAUAGCGAAGAAGACCCGGGAAAUAGUGACCUCGCAUCUCUGGGGUCGGCAAGCCAAUUGCACAGGCAGACUCCACCGUCUCGCCGAGUGCCAGCAAGAGUCGUGAGUACCUGUCAACUCGACUCCUCAACUGGAGAUAACUUUCUAGCACCUCACCAUGGGGAAGGACGUACUCAUAUGCCCUCACCAGCACCUGCAUUAAACAUGCAGAGAGUUACACAAGGAACGGCAGUCCCUCCUCGACUCCCUCCACCCCACGCACCACCUCUCAACAUGUGGCAGACACAGGAGCCUGGAUCCAGCCUGGCCUACAGGCCAACAUGGCGAGGGGGGAGAAUGGCUGACAACAUUCCCUGCUCUGCGGCUGAGGUCCACAUCCUUAGCCUGCUGGAAAAUAUUAAGCACACCCAAGACCAGCUGAUGGCGAAGAGUUCUUCUUUGGCCACCAUUGGAGGCCACAAUGUGAAGCGGGUGACCUGGAACAUCCUGGGCAGGAUGUUCACAGAUGAGGUUUCACAUCAGAUAAAUUGGAAGGGCGUCAACAACAAAAAGGCCUUUAGCAGGAUGGCAACAAAGACCUUGCUUUUCAGUAAGUAUAUAAUUCAAAGUAAUAUUACAUACGUUCAAAGUCAAUAGUGGGGGCAGCCUUAAAAAUCGUAGCAACCAUCAUACCUGUAGCUGCUCCCAAACUUAUUCUCUUGGUCAGAUUAACGUAACGCUUCAACUGAUGUUUGUCGACAUCCUUUAUUGAGCCUUG